AUGACCCAGAGAGCUUUGCCUCUUCUCAGCCUGGUCUUUCUGGUGGCCGCACACGUCCACGCUGUCAGUUUUCCGGAGGACAACAUACCCAUUGACAUAGUGGAUUAUCACUAUUCAAGGCAGUACCCCGUGUUCAGAGGACGCCCUUCAGGCAAUGAAUCACAGCAUAGACUGGACUUUCAGCUGAUGACAAAAAUCCAAGACACACUCUUCAUUGCUGGCAGAGACCAAGUUUAUUUAGUGAGUCUAAGGGAAUCCUACAGGAAUGAAAUUAUCCCAUACAGGAAGCUGACAUGGAGGUCUGGACAAGCAGACCGAGAGACGUGCGCCCUGAAAGGAAAGCACAGGGAUGAAUGUCAUAACUUCAUUAAAGUGUUGGUCCCCAGAGGUGAUGACUUGGUGUUUAUCUGUGGCACAAAUGGAUUUAACCCCAUGUGUAGAUAUUACAGGUUGGACAACCUGGAAUUUGAUGGUGAGGAGAUCAGUGGGUUGGCGAGAUGCCCAUUUGAUGCCAAGCAGACCAAUGUUGCCCUGUUUGCUGAUGGGAAGCUGUACUCAGCCACAGUGGCAGACUUCCUGGCUAGUGAUGCUGUAAUCUACCGUAGCAUGGGAGACGGUUCCGCCCUCCGAACCAUAAAAUAUGACUCCAAAUGGUUAAAAGAACCUCACUUCCUGCAUGCAGUGGAUUAUGGGAAUUACGUGUACUUCUUCUUCCGAGAGAUAGCUACAGAGCAUAGUAACUUGGGAAAGGCUGUGUAUUCCCGAGUGGCGCGUAUAUGUAAGAAUGACGUAGGGGGUUCUCAGCGCGUGCUGGAGAAACAUUGGACGUCGUUUGUUAAAGCACGCCUGAACUGCUCCGUGCCUGGAGAGUCUUUCUUUUACUUUGAUGUCCUUCAGUCGAUCACAGAUAUCAUCGACAUUGACGGAGUCCCGUCUGUCAUCGGUGUGUUCACUACACAGCUUAACAGUAUUCCAGGUUCUGCUGUGUGUGCGUUUUCGAUGGCAGACAUAGAGCGAGUGUUUCAGGGCAGAUUUAAAGAGCAGAAAACACCAGACUCUGUCUGGACAGCUUAUCCUGAGGAGAAGCUGCCAAAGCCAAGGCCAGGCUGUUGUGCUGGACAUGGUUCAGCUGAGGCUUUCAAAACAUCCAUUGAGUUUCCGGACGAGACGCUCCAGUUCAUCAAAUCCCAUCCCCUCAUGGACACCGCAGUGCCCUCCAUUGGAGAAGAGCCCUGGUUUACCAAAACUCGAGUCAGGUACAGGCUAACCGCUCUGGCAGUUGACAAUGCUGCGGGGCCAUACAGGAACUAUACAGUUGUUUUCAUUGGCUCUGAGGGAGGAAUUGUCCUGAAGGUCCUCGCCAAGACAUCUCCAUACUCCCUUAAUGACAGUGUGCUGCUGGAGGAAAUUGACGCAUUCAACAAGGCAAAGUGCUUAUCGAACAAUGAUGACGACAAGCGCGUUCUCUCGUUCCACCUGGACAAAGACACGCAUACCCUGUAUGUGGCGUUUUCGAGCUGUGUGGUCCGAAUCCCACUCAGUCGCUGUGAACGCCACAAUUCCUGCCAAAAGUCUUGCAUUGCCUCGAGGGAUCCCUACUGCGGUUGGACGUCCCAGGGCUCCUGUGAGAAGAUCCCUGCAGGAAUGUUUACUGGCUACGAACAAGAUGUGGAAUAUGGAAACACUGUGCAACUCGGCGACUGUCACGAAUUUUUGGCUACUACAUCAACGCCAGAUUACAAAUCAUAUGGCGACACAACCUCUGACAUGGGGUUUUCAUCAACGUCAGUCACGCCAGUGGCAUCUGGCACCAUAGAAUCACCCAAAAUCAUACCCUCUCAGACACCUCAACUCUUUGGGUCAAGGAAAUUUGUGCUCCAAGAUGACCCAGCCACUUCCCAUUCUUUUGAAUCAUUCCCUGGUAUCCCCGAGGGUAUGUGGGAGAUUCAUUCCGGAGAUUCAAACCAGAUGGUUCAUAUGAACAUUCUGAUCACUUGCGUGUUUGCUGCGUUCCUCCUGGGAGCAUGCAUCGCUGGGAUGGUUGUCUACUGCUACAGGGAUGCAUUUCUACACAAGCCUCGGAACAUACACAAGGAUGCCGAGUCAGCCCAGUCCUGCACGGACUCCACCGGCAGCUUUGCCAAACUCAAUGGCUUGUUUGAUAGCCCGGUAAAGGAAUACCAACACAGUAUGGAUUCCCCAAAGCUUUACACCAACCUGCUUACCAAUGGGAAAGACAUGGCUCCCAACGGAGACACCAAGACAAUGAUCCUCAGCCGACAGUGCCAGCCCCCAGAACUGGCUGCACUCCCAACACCUGAGUCCACUCCUGUCCUCCAGCAGAAAAGUCUGCAGUCUGUCAAGAAUCAGUGGGAGAAGGCCCCCGGCAAACUCAAGGGGUCUCGAAAAGACACUCCUCCCAAAAGCCCCCAGUACUUCCCGUCCAGCCCGCCCCAUCACUCCCCUAUGGGUAACACUCACAUCCCCAGUGCUGUGGUCCUUCCCAACGCCACGCACGAACACCGGGAGUCAUUCAGCGGUGCAGAUAUGCCGCAGUCAGAUGGUAAGGUCCAAAAUACUGACCAGACUGGUUCAAAGUCCAGCAGGAAGGAUCACAGGCGUUCAGUGGAUGCCAGGAAUACACUGAACGAUUUACUGAAACACCUCAACGAGAGCAGCGGCGCUCCAAAGGCAAUCAUGGUUGAGAUGCCCAGAUCCAGGCAGCACCUGAUGCUGGAGCCCAUGGUGAGUCUAACAGAGACACCCCCCAAGGUUCCCAGCCGGGAGGCCUCACUUUACUCCCCCUCCUCCUCUUUGCCCAGGAAUAGCCCCACUAAGAGAGUGGAUGUGCCUACAACCCCCACCUCCCCCACAGGACAGACCAACACACUGGAGAGACAGAGGAGCUACCACAGGGGCUCCUCUCAGAGACACUCCAUAUCUGCCCUGCCCAAGGGUAUGACCUCACCCAGCGGGGUGGGCAUAUCACGACAGCCCAGCAUGAAUAGGAGCGGGCAUAUGCCCCCGACCCCACCCUCCAGACUAGACUCUCAUGGGGUUCCAAUGGGCAUGCACCCACAGGCCUCCAUGUCCAGACAGAACAGUUACAGUGGGCAGGGCUCACUGCCACGCUCGGGGGUUAAGCGGACUCCCUCAUUAAAGCCAGACGUUCCCCCUAAACCCAAUGGCUUUGUUCCACAGACUACACAAAUGAGAGUAGUGAACAAAUAUAGCUACUGA